AUGGGCUACCAAUUCAAGCUCUCAAAUGUGCAUCAGCACUUGGCCAUCUUCCAAUGGAAGAAAGAUGACGAGUCCGCUGAACCCUCCCAAAACAUUCCCUUUAACCUUCAAUUCAACAACACCAAGGACACCCGUCUGAGUCUUGGCUACACCUCGCCCAAUCUGGACUACAAAACACUAUGGACUGCCGACUCCGACUUUGAUACGUCUGCUGUGCACAACAUCGCUUUGGCAUGGGACACUAUGGGCAGCGCAAAUAGCAAAAUCCAAAUGUGGUUCGACGGCCAGAUGGUUGUUGAGCAAGGAGGCCUGACACUAUGGACUGGCAAGACAUAUCCAAAGCUUGGGAUCUACAGGGGCGAACAAGGGGAUCAUGAUACCGCAGGCUACACAAACGACUUCGACCUCUGGGUCUAUCGAGUCAUGAUCGGCGACGGAGGAUUGGACGAAGUUGCUGAGGCCGGUGGUAUACAGGCUCAGAGCAAGAGAGGUAUGAACAACGGAUACCAGAUGUCCAAGAAGAGUGUGCUCAACAACAAUCACGAGCCCAGGGGCGCAGAAGACUCGGUCGCAUACUCAGCACCUAGUCGAUUGUCCAGAAGACAAAAUGAAAAUCGCGCUUCACCCGUGGGAAGCUCAGGUACCGGGCUCAAGUAUCGGUCUGGGCCUAGCUUGAAUACUAAACGCGAAGACCAUCUGGAGCAGGGAAGCGAGAAUGACCAGGAAGUUGGAGCUGAUGACCUUGUAACUUGGUUUGCGAAGCGGCAUAGAGCUGUCGAUGAGGAAUCAGCGAAUAUUCGCGCGCGACAUGAGGGUGGGCAAGAGCCUGAGCAUCCAAAGGGGAGUGGCGAUGGGAAUAGACAUAAGAAUGAUGGAGAUUCGCCGUCUACUGAAAGUUGGUUUGUCAAGAGGAACGUGGGAGGACGUGGCUUUCGUUGA